GUUGAAACCAUAGAAGUAGGAACGUCAAAACUCAGACAUUCAGCUACAACACUGGGAUUAAGUAAAAAUCCCCAAAUCAAGAUGGCGACCGCCUAAAUUCCAAAAACACUACAGGUGGCUCCCAAGUCUUCCUUCACAGAGUCCGCAGAACUACAUGGCGUGUUAAGAUCCCAUCGCCUCAGCGUCAUGCCCGCACCGUCGAGAUAACAAGAAAGCGUCUUUAAAAACCACGUGCCGGCAGGUGAGUGACGAUAAUAUCUCCAGAUAGAGGUCACAUGGUAAUAUGGGCCCUCGGUGAGCCGGGUUUAAGCAUUCUUACAUUGCUCUUUUUUCUUUUGAUAAACAGGAAGUUUAAAUCCAGAACUGCUGACGUGUGUACCCGUGUCACGGCCCAACCCGCCGAUAAUAGCCAAAGGGAUGUUGGAGGAGGGCAGGACGGACUGGUCCGGCCAGUUUGUUCUCUCAGGUCUUCUGUUGUCUGCUGGCAUCUCUGAAUAGACUGAGGAAUGACAGCAGAUAGCAGCCGGAACAGGACGUCUAAAUUAGAGCUCCCUCAGCACGCAAACACACAGAAGCCGUCAUGACUUCCAAGAUGGUCAUCAGGCAGCCGCAGCCGGUGAUGGACGCCCAAGAGUCCGAUGAGUGGGGAUCAGAAAUAUGUGACUGCUUUCAAGACGUGCCCGAGUGUUGUUUCGCUUUCUGGUGCUGCCCCUGCUUCGCCUGUAUGACCACCAAGAGGUACGGCCAGUGCCUCUGCCUCCCCUUGCUGGACACCUUCGGUUUCAUCCCUCCCAUCAACAUGUCCAUGAGGGUCUCCAUGCGGCAGCGCUACGGCAUCAAAGACACCAUGUGCAAGGACUGCCUGUACGCCACCUUUUGUGCUCCCUGCAGCUGGUGCCAGAUGUCCAGAGAGAUGAGCAAAAGAAAAAUCCCCAUCAUUCUGAUCAGCUCAAAGAACACAUGACCUCUCCGCUCUCUCGCCGUUACAACCAGGGCUGUCGCAUAUUUCAAUCCACGGCAACCUGCUUUAUCUGUAACAAGUUAUAUAAUACAGUCAAGACUGAAGAGAGAA